CGUUUCUGGGGUAGGGAAGUUAUUAAAAUGUUAAGCAUUAGAGCACGGGCAGUGUUUUUGUUUUUGCUGGGAAACUGGGGGCCGGGAAAGGGCUGCAUUCCCAGGUAACCACCCUGAAAAUAAAGCUCUGCUUAAUAAGGUUUUACUGAAGAAACAUCUUAGUGAUUCGUCACAUUUCUAAGAUUAAUAUUCACACUUUGGAGUUGUCAGCCUUCUUAUAAAAUAUAUUUUGGCAAUCAAAAUGAAAAGUUUCUUUGAAGUUUUAGAACACUUAUACAAGAAGGUACUUCUUGGAGCCACACUUGAAAAUGACAUCCAUGAUUACAUCUUUUAUCUGAACCCAGCAUUUUCAGAUCAAGAUUAUUCUACAACUGCCUCCUCAGAAUGCUCACACACCUUUGGUGUCCAGGGCACGCGUGAGCCAUCCUCUGUCAGUUUGGCUACCAUUUCUGGAGCACCUGUGUGUUUGAAGAGACACUCUGAGAUGGGCAGUGCGCGAGAAAUAUUGCUUCUUCAGUUAACAGUGAUCAGAGUGAUGGUGACCAGGAUAUUGUCUGUCAAAACAGAGUUCCAUGCAAGGGAGAAAUACAGAGAAAUAAUUAAAAUUCUUUUAAAGUCAUCUGACAUCGAUUCUAAAUUAACCUGUAUGUUCCAAAACUCAGAUAAAUUGUUGUCUCACAUGGCUGCAAAGUGCCUUGCAUUACUUCUUUAUUUCCAAUUGAGAGAAAAGAUAACAUUAAGCAAUUCCUGGAUUUCUUUUUGCCAAAAAAAUCUUUCUGAAUACUCUGAAAGUGAUAAAGUAGUAUACUGCCUCUGGACUCUUACUGCUAUAAUAAAAGAAAUCUUUAAAGAUACAUGUUCACAAAAAACAGAAAUUCUAAAGCAGUUCCUGACUCCUUUUCACACUAUUUUUGAAGUUUUUUACAAUUCCUUGUUUUCUCAGCAUUUUGAAAACCACCAAGAUACUUCUAAAAUAGUAAACAGCUUGAUAUGUUUUCUGGAAUUGCUUGAACUUCUUAUAGCCUCCAGAAUCCACCUGAAGUUACAUUUCACUUGCCAGAGGAUUUUAUUUUUGAAACCUUCUUAUGUGCUAGACGUUAUUACCUGGCCUGUUCAGGCUUUUGUCAAAAGGAAGUUCAUUGUAUUCAUCAAGAAGUGCCUUCUCCGGAAAGUGGGUGAAGACCUUUGUCAGGAGUGGGUCCCUGCCUCCGUGCUGCCGGAUCAUCAUUUACAUGUGGACUUGUUGGCUUUAGCGGAUGCUGUUUUGCAAGCUGUCGAUUUGGGCUUAUUGAGGACGUUGUCUGUCCAUGGAAAACCUUCCUGCUUUGGAGGUGAUGAGGUUCAGCCUGGAAGUGAGCGUGUCCCUGGUCCAGAUCAUGUGAUCCUUAGAGCAGCGAGCUUACUUAUCAUUAAAUCCUUAGAAAUCAAGUUUCAGAACUGUGCUUCAGCAAAUGAAAUGAAAGUUGAUUUACAGAGGUUCAUGUCUGAGUUACUGACCUUCUUAAAGCCUCAUCUUAAGCCCUCUCUGCAAUCACACAGUCAGUGUGAGUGGUUGUCUAGAGUCUUCAUAGAACAAGACGAUGAUAUGCUGGAGGCUGCCAAAGCGUCAUUGGGCAUCUACCUAAAGUUGACCAGAGAACAUGAAGCUACUGAAAGCUUGACCCAAGAAAAAGAAAUGUGGAACCAUCACACACAUGAAAAUGGCUAUAAUCCACACUGUAUUUUCUUAUUCUUAUUAAAAAAUAUAGGAUUUGAUUCUACAGUUCUUCUUGACUUUUUGAUUUCAUCAGAAACCUGUUUUCUUGAAUAUUUUGUUAGGUACUUAAAAUUGCUGCAAAAAGACUGGGAUAAUUUUUUCACCAUUUGCAAGAACUUUGAUGUAACUGAAUCUAAAGACAGCGUGAAUAUUUGUGGUUGUAUCUUCUCACUUGUCCAAGACAGAAGCAGCAACCAAACAGAACCUAGUCCUUUGGCUGCUCUUGGUAGUCACAGAAAUGCUCAUGCUUGCAUCUCCUGGGUUUCUCAUGCUUCUUCUGAGCCACUGGACCAGGUAGUGAUGUCCGAGGAGACCCAUGUUACGCUCCAAGCUAAUGGUCUGUCUCCCCCACGAGCUUCUCAAAGUCUGGUAGAUUAUGACAGCUCUGAUGAUUCUGAAGUAGAAUCCACAGACCAACGUUUAUCAAGUAGUAAAACGACAUCUUUACACCAAGAAGCAAUGAAGAAAAUUCAGGACACGGUUGGAACAAGUAGGGAUAAAAAAGAAAUUAGCCUGGAGCCUCCAUCAAGGCCUCUGGUUCCAAGAGAAUCUAAUACUCCCUUCUCUGUUGAUUGCGACAUAGCCCCAAAUAAGAUUGUCUCUGGAGUGGGAAUAUCUUACAGAACAGUAAAAUGCUUCGAAGAGCUACAAGGUGCCAUUUACCGUUUGCAGAAGAAAAAUCUUUUCCCAUAUAACCCAACAGCACUCUUGAAGUUGUUAAAGCAUAUUAAGGCAAUAUAUAAUAAAAGUAUGAACCAUUUGUGAAACAGUGGCAUUUUAUUUCCAGGAACUGUUUUUUUCUAAUAUAAAUUGUGCCUUAAUGAGAUAAUAAGAAAGAAAAGAAAUCUGAGAAGGGUUUUCUAAAUCAAGGCUUUCGUUUUGCCUUUUGGAAGCAGCCUAGUGACUGAAAAAGAUCUAUCAAAUGACAAGCACUCAAUGCUGUUGUACGCCACUUGAAAUUUAUGAUAGUUCAAACUUACACACACAAUUUGCAGUGGUUACUAUAUUAGUUUGCUAGGGCUGUUGUAACAGACUACCACAGACUUGGCGGCUGAAAACAACGGAAAUUUGUUCUCACAGUUCUGGAAGCUAGAAGUCCAAAAUCAAGGUCAACAGGGCCAUGCUCUCUCUCAAGGCUCUAGGGGAGAAUCCUUCCCCGCCUCUUCCUGGUUUCUGGUGAUUGCUGCCAACCCUUGGUGUUCCUUGACUUGUAGCUGCAUCGCUCCAAUCUCUUCCUCCAUUGUCGCAUGACAUUGUCCUUGUUUGUGUGUCUGUAUCCAGUUUAUUCUUAGAAGGGCAUUGGAUUGGGCCCCACUCUCAUCCGGUAUAACCGCAUCUUAAUUUGAUUACAUUGACAAGGACCCUACUUCCAAAUAAGGUCACAUUCACAGGUUCUGGAUGGACAUGAAUUUUGGGAGGGACACUGUUUAACCCAGUGCAGUUAUUGUGUCCUCUGGGGUAUUUACAUGUAAUGUGAUAUGUAAAAAGUUUAAAAUCUUAGGUUUUUUUUUAAGAGAGGUGAUCAGGUCUAUGUAUAUGUAUGUAUAUGGUUUAUGAACAUGAGUCUAAUUUUUAAAGAAAUUUUAAUCACUAGGUAAUUGUCCUAUUUAAAAUUCUGAUAUGAAUAAUUAUAUGCUGUCUUUUUGACAGGAGACAGUAAAGUCAAGUUUUGAUAUGUUUAUUGAGUUUGUAUAAUAAGAACUGCAACUGUAUUGUGCUGAUGAGUCUGUCAUUAAAACACUCUGAAAUGUCCUUAGAGUAUUUUAUAAAUGAUCCUUUUGUAGAGAAAUAUAAGGAGGACUGAACCCACCAGGUAUUAAAAUAUAUUUUAAGGCCGUGGUAAUCAAAACAGGCUCGUCCUCAUUCAUGUAGAAAUAGAAAGAUCAGUAGAACUAAACAGAGGAUUGCUAAUUAAAAUUUUUAACAAUGAGAUGCUAACAUUAACCAAAUAUAAAAGCAGAGGUCAAACAGUUUAGUAACACAGUUGGGGGUAUACAUUGGGGCAGUUUCUACAUAAAUUAAAAAGCACAUCAAAGAAUGUAUAUUCAAGGAUGUUCAAUGCCAUGUUGUUUGUAAAAGAAAAAGACUAGAAAUAUGUGGUUAAAUAAGUCAUAAUAUAUAUACGCAGUGGAAUAGUAUAUACUUGUGGAAAGAGUGAGCUGUGUCCAUGUUUAUAGAUAUGAAACAUCUGCAGUAAAGAACAAAAGUGAAUAUACUGGGCUCCCAUUUGUUUAAGAAAAGAAGAUGGGGCAGGAGUAAUACACAUAUAUAUACUUUUGUGUGUUUAUAAAAUAUUUAUGUAAGAAUAUAUAUGAAAGUUUACUAGUAGUUGCCUGAGGAAACAGAUUUGAAGUGGAAGUUUUGACUUCUCAUUAUAUAGCUUUUUCUAUUAUUUAUUUGUUUUUAACUGGGUACAUAAUUUUUUUUCAGUGAAAAUAAACUUCUAAGGAAAGAAAAAGAAAACAAAACCAACCUG